ACCAUCUCUCCAACUCCAUCAAGCCUCACGCACCACAACUCCAUCCAUCCAUCCAGUGAUCAUCCAUCAUCACGCGGCAGAGAAACAGAGAGAGCGCGGCAGAGGAGGAGAUGGUGAAGAUCCCGAGCCCGAGGAGGCUGUUCAGGAGCCGGUCCAAGAGCACGGUGGGCAUCGGCGGCGGGGUGGACAUGUGCGCCAUGGUGGCCGAGCACGAGAGGAUCGAGUGGGAGGUGCGCCCGGGCGGGAUGCUGUUGCAGAAGCGCCGGGCGCCCGACGACGACGGCUGCGACGACGCCGUCGAGGCCAUCCUGGUGAGAGUAUCCGCCGGCUGCGGCGGGUGGCAGCACGACGUGUCCAUCGACGCCACCGCCACCUUCGGCGACCUCAAGGUGCUGCUGUCGCUGGCCACCAGCCUGUGGCCCAGAGAGCAGCGGCUGCUGUACCGUGGCCGGGAGCGGGACGACGGCGACCACCUGCACAUGGCCGGCGUCCAGGACAAGGACAAGGUGCUACUCCUGGAGGACCCCGCCGUCACCGAGAGGAAGCUCCGGUCCACCACCCUCGCGCAGCUCAUGGGGGUGCCAUGCCAUUCCUUCAUCCAAGUCUGAGAAACCCACGCAUCCUCCUGAUCGAUCGAUUUUUCUUUCUUUCUCGCCGGCUGCUCUUGCUUGGGCGAAGAUCGAUCGGUUUCGGGUGUGUUAAUUAAAAGUCUUAACUGCAUUCCUUUCUUUCUUCAGAGUUUUAUUGGUUUUAACUCAGAGCCUGGAUUCGGCCGGUUAAAUCGAAACAUCUGCAUCGUUAGGACACACUUCCGUACAGAACAGUACAUAUUGUAAAUUACUGUUGUAAUUUGUAUAAGGAGACAAUGACAGCGACUGUGCUGUUUACCAA